AUGAAUACGUGGGAUGUAAAUAAAAUCUCUCUGCUUGUCUGUCUGUCCCUGUCUGUCUCCCUCUCUCUCUCUACCACUCCCUCCCUCUCUCUCUCUCCUCUCUCUCUCUCUCUCUCUCUCUCUCUCGCUAACGGCUAUAUCACGUGGAAACGCCGUUUCUCCGAAUCGUUCGUCUCAACAUCCUCUCUGGCGUUAUACGACUUUGAAGCGCCUCACCUGUCAAACCAGGGCGCGUGUGUUCAAAGGCCUGGCAAUGGAAUGGAAGGUUUUCCAAAUAAAAGCAACAACAGUUCUACACAACCCUUUACCUCUGAAUCUCUCUCCACCCCCUCUAACUCUUCUUUCGCAUCGCCCAUACCUCAUUUCUCUCUCUCUCUCUCUGUCUCUCUCUCUCUCUCUCUCCCCUUCCCUCUCACUCAGCCCUCUCUCUUUGGCCAAAUUUCUUUUUCUAUUCUUAUUCCUGAUACGUUUUAUUUUUUGGGGGGAGGGUUACUUUCUUUAUGA